AUGUCAUCCGACUCCCGCACCCAGUCUCUUCGGUCUUCAAGUUCAUCCGGAAGCCUCCACGCACCGCCAAUCGCCAGCAACCUUCCUCGGAUAAGCCUGAAUUCGAGCGCUAUCAACUGGCAGUGGCUCAGAGACGACUUCAGCCGCAUCUGCAUGCAGUUCGGUGUCUCGGAACGUGAUCUGCAUGCCUAUCAGAGCAAAUGGACAGAGAUCCUCAAAACUCUUGAGGCAGGCAAAAGCGUGUUCUACGAUGGGGCUACCGUCCAAACAACAGAUGAUUUCUACCCCUCUCUCGUCCAUUCGAUCGUCUUCGCCAACGAUGCGAUCAAAAUAGACAUCGUACGACGCCACUUAGUCGCAUCUGAAGUCAAGGGCCCAGCGGCCGGUCCAUCUCAGACACCGCAUUUGGACCCCACAUCUCGACCGCAUGCACCCUCGCAGCCAGUGCCUGCCGGACCAAAACCACAGCAGAUGCCAUCAUCAUCGUCGAGAUCGGCGCGCACGACAGUGCCUUCACAUUCUAGCGCACAGUCCCUUGGCGCUUCACUCUCAUCCACGCGCGGCAACAUCGCGGCGGCUGAGAGCAGCAAGGACGAACUUCGCCAGGAUCAGGGUAAAAUCAACUGGCUUCACGUGUUCCUCGACUUCAAUCGCAUGGCAUUGCAGCUGCAGCUUCCAGUACGCAGUCUGCCCGAGAUUCGAAGGAAGUUGAAGAAGAUAGCUAAGAUGCGCAGCACGGGGGCCCUUGCACGCGAUCCAGGACUCCUGGAGCCCUCAGACACGUACCUCGAAUCUUUGAUCCAGGCGGAAGUUCGGGGCGCAGGAGAUGUAGAGAAGCAGGAAAUUCUGCGUCUCGCCACAGGCGCGCUGCAGGCUGAGGCUCAUCGCCACCGAUGUGCUCGAAUUCUGGGCGAACGCAGCCAGGCUUCCAAGCGUGAUUCACGUACAGUCGUGGCUUCACGCGAGAUAGCAGGUCAAGCAUCAAAAGCAACUUCACCUCCGAAGUCUGAAGCCCAUCGCAAGCAGCCAGCCUACACCAGCCUACAUUACGAGCAAGAGCGGCGCGGCCCCAACGCGUGCUUCAGAGAAAUCUUGGCCGACUACGGCACCUUCGUUAACACAAACGACCUCGACGUAUCGGAACAUUCGCCCACAACCUUUGAACGCGUCCAAAUCUCCUCAAGAAACCUCGAACCACCGCGGCGAGCCUUCCGAUACUCGUUCUGCCAAGCGUGCUCGUACGACUGA